CGGUCACCAUGGGGAGCGUAAACGUCAAUCGCAAUGUCAGCGAUGCUUUUUAUCGUUAUAAGAUGCCGCGGAUCCAAGCGAAGGUGGAAGGCAAGGGAAAUGGUAUUAAGACAGUGAUCGUCAACAUGGUGGAUGUGGCGAAGGCGAUCGGUCGUCCGGCUACGUAUCCGACCAAGUAUUUUGGUUGCGAGUUGGGCGCUCAAACGCAGUUUGACUUCAAGAACGAACGCUUCAUUGUCAACGGUUCACACGAUGCGACAAAGCUACAGGAUCUGUUGGAUGGUUUUAUCCGAAAAUAUGUUCUUUGCCCAGCCUGCGACAAUCCGGAAACCGAAUUAAUGGUCAGUUCGAAGAAAGGAACGAUCUCGCAGGGUUGCAAAGCGUGUGGACAUCAUGGCCUUCUUGAGAGCAAUCACAAGUUGAACACGUACAUCUUGAAAAAUCCACCGAGCUUGAAUCCAGCAGUACAAGGUAGCUCUUUGACAGAGGGUAAACGCGGCAAACGCUCGAAACGCGCUAAUGGUGACGCUGCGACUGCAGUCGCCGCCACCACUGCUACCACUAACGGCAACGAUCGAUCUGGUUCGCCAGAAAAUGACGUCAACAACUCUGGAGACAUCGUGAUGGAACCACCGCCAGAAAGAACAAUCAACGACGACGGAGAUGACGAUAAAUGGGCGGUAGAUGUGUCUGAGGAAGCAGUCAGAGCUCGUCUUCAAGACCUGACGGAUGGUGCUAAAGGUAUGACUAUCAGUGACGACCUUGAUAAGAGCGAAAAAGAGCGCAUGGACAUGUUCUACAAACUGGUCAAAUGCCGUCGCGAUGCUGGCCAACUCGAUAACAAUCACAAGGAGCUCGUAGCCGAGGCGGAGCGUCUCGAGAUUAAGACCAAGGCACCAUUGAUCCUUGCCGAGCUGUUAUUCGAUCAGGGAAUCGCCGCACAGGCGAAAAAAUACCGGGUGCUACUGCUGCGUUUCACUCACGAUGACAUUAAGGCACAGAAAUAUUUGAUCAGAGGAAUCGAGCAAGUGAUCGCGCUGCAUAAGGAUGCAUUGAUGCCGAAGGUUCCCGGAAUCCUCAAGUUAUUUUACGACGCUGAUAUCUUAGAAGAGAAGGCAUUUGAUGAAUGGUCAAAUAAAGUCAGCAAGAAAUAUGUCUCGAAAGAUCUGUCGCAGGAGAUUCAUGAUCGAGCUGCACCAUUUUUAACAUGGUUGAAAGUUGCAGAGGAAGAGGAGUCUGAAUCCGAGGAAGAAGACGACGAUGUGGAGAUCGAAUACGACGAUAGAGCCAAGCAGGAAUCUCUGAAACAACAGCAGCCGCCGGCCACGCCGAAACCUACCGCCGCUACGACCGUCGCUGCCGCCAAUAAUGAUUCCGAGGAUGACUUCGAUAUUGAUGCCAUUUAAAGCAUACACCGUAUUACACGUAUCAUACACCCAACAUAUAUAUACACACAUAUACACAAACGCAACGGAUGACAAAAAACACUGGUCCCGAGCCGUAAUAUCUGAGAUGAAUAAUCAUUUUCCUCUUGAACAGAAUUGUGCAAAUGCAAUCUCAAGUUAUACGCAAAUAGAUAUAGGAUUUUCGUUAUUUUAGGCUGAUGAGAGCGACACAAUUAAACAAUGCUGUUUACAUGAAUGAAGAAAAAGAAAAAAGAAGAAAGAAAAAGAAAUUUUAAUCGUUCCUAAGAGUUUAACGUGAUUUAUCUAUGUACAGUAUAUUCGCGAUAUUUUUAAUCGUUUUAACGAUGCAGAUACGCAUUUAUUGAAAAGAUCGUUAUUUCUUUAAUAUUGAUUGAUUGUUGUGGAAACAUUUUAAUGGUGCGCGUAUAUCUUGAAAUGCAUCCCUUUCAAGUAAAGAAGACAUUCAUAAAGCAUUCAUGAGCAUUACCGGGAAAUUGGCCUGCUAAAAAUGUUCUUUAUUGUAUUA